AUGCUCUACUAACCCCACGUCGAAAUUCUGCCCGUCAAAGUGGGGUGGUGAGACUCUACGGGGAUUAGAAUCACUAACUUCAACAUACUUUUAUACCCAAUAUCUAUCAUACCUUGACUUUGUAAGACUUUGAAGUUCUUUCUCUUUUCGGUUCUGAAAAGCAGCUCUUAUACAUUUGCGACCCUAGCCCUACAUAAAAGUAUAGGUGUUUUGCAUUAACAACUACCCCCUACCCCCCCCAAAUUUGCGCUGGUAAUUUGGACCCGAUUAAAGACCAAGAUCCUCGGGAUCUAGAACCGUCAAGAUGGUGAACAUAACGGACAAGAUUAAGGAGAUCGAGGAUGAGAUGAGAAGGACGCAGAAGAACAAGGCAACUGAGUAUCACCUUGGACUUCUGAAAGGCAAACUCGCGCGUCUAAGAGCGCAACUUCUUGAACCCGGUCCAGGCGCAGGUGGAGGGGGCGGCGCGGGCUUUGACGUCAGCAAGAGCGGCGAUGCGCGAAUAGCGCUUGUUGGGUUUCCGUCCGUCGGUAAAUCGACGUUCUUAUCCAAAGUAACCAAAACGAAGUCGGAAGUGGCUUCGUACGCCUUCACCACCCUCACAGCCAUCCCCGGUGUGUUGGAGUACGGCGGCGCGGAAAUCCAGUUGCUCGAUCUGCCGGGAAUUAUCGAGGGCGCUGCGGAAGGCAAAGGUCGAGGACGCCAGGUGAUUUCUGCUGCCAAGACGAGCGACCUCAUUCUUAUGGUGCUUGAUGCGACGAAGAGGGCCGAGCAAAGGGCUCUGUUAGAAGCCGAACUAGAAGCUGUCGGUAUUCGAUUAAAUAGGGAGCCACCAAACAUCUAUCUGAAGGUCAAGAAAGCCGGCGGCAUGAAGAUCAACUUCCAAUCGCCGCCGAAGUACCUGGACGAAAAGAUGGUGUUUAACAUCUUGCGAGACUACAAGAUGUUAAACUGCGAAGUGCUAGUCCGAGAUGACGAGGCGACAGUCGACGACCUAAUCGACGUCAUCAUGAAGGACCACCGUAAGUACAUCAAGUGUCUUUACGUGUACAACAAGAUAGACAGCGUCUCCCUCGACUUCCUGGAUAAGUUAGCGCGCGAGCCACAGACCGUCGUCAUGAGUUGCGAGUUGGAUUUGGGGAUUCAAGACGUGGUCGACCGGUGCUGGAAGGAGUUACAGUUGAUCAGGAUCUACACGAAACGGAAAGGUGUCGAUCCUGACUUCAGCGAGGCGCUCAUCGUGCGCAGCAAUGCUACAAUCGAAGACGUCUGCGACCGAAUCCACCGAACGCUGAAGGAUACGUACAAGUAUGCUCUGGUAUGGGGCGCAAGCGCUAGACAUAUCCCGCAGCGGGUUGGUCUAGGACACGUGGUAGCAGACGAGGACGUGGUAUACAUAGUCAGUGGUUACAAGGCCUAGUAUAAUAGCAUCGUUAAUCACGAUUCCGGGAAUCCAGUGUAAAA